UAAAAGUGAAUUCACUGCUUAAGUUAGUCAUGACAAAUUCCUGAUACAAUGUGACUUACCGAACUAAAGGCGUACUUAAAACUAAUUGUAAAUAUUGUAUAUAGUGCUAAAAGUUAAUAAAUAAGUUGUACCAAAUGAAAAUUAUGUCAAACUAAUCUGGAAAAAGAAAGUAGUAGUUCACAAUGCUAUACAAACUGUUUUUGUUGCUCGUCAUAUGGAUGAUGGGUAACAUUGUCCUGGGCGAAUAUAUUCCCCCAGGACCAGCAUUUCGUUGUCCCAAAGAUAAGUAUCUGCUGCAUCCCUGCAGCUGUGACAUCGAAUCAGACGUCGGUAUUACGGUCAGCUGCAACAAUACGAAUCUGGCCAGCAUGAGUGUGGCUCUCAACAAUUUAGCAGCUUUCAAACUGCCCAUCGAAAAAUUAACUAUAUACAAAUGUCACAUAGCACGUUUGUAUGGAAGCCUCCUGUACAAGCUUCAAUUAAGGGUGUUACAAAUAGAAGACACACCUAUAGAAAAAAUAGAAGAACAUACAUUCUUAGGCGUGAACGAGACACUAAAUGAACUUUAUAUUCACAAUACUGAACUAUCGGAAUUUCCAACAGAGGCAUUUAAGAUCCUCGGAAACUUGACGAUCUUAAGCAUCGACCGACACAAGCUAAUCAACCUGCCGAAGGACGCCUUCGUCCUUAGCGACAUGACCGGCAAACUGUUACGUUUGCACAUUACGAACGGAACACUGGAGACCCCACCUUUAGAAAGCUUGCAGCCCCUGCGGAAGCUUAAAACUUUAGAUUUGCAUGGAAAUAGAAUCAAAGAGCUGAAGAGGAAUCAAUUCAAGGGACUGCGCGACGUCGAAUCGCUAGAUCUCAGCCACAAUAACAUUGCCAAAGUGGAUUCGAGCCAUUUGGCUGAUUUAACUAAGUUGGGAUGGUUCAAUGUGUCUCACAAUAACAUUGCAGAACUCACUAGAGGGGCGUUUGCAAGAAAUACAAUAUUAAAGGUUUUGAACAUGUCGAAAAAUAAAUUGCGUCGCCUCGAUUCAAAUUCAUUCAGAGGUAUGCGAUUUUUGCGUCGUUUAUUCCUAUCAGAUAACGCUAUUUCGGACAUUGGCCGUGGCACAUUUGGAUCACUCAAACGAAUAGGGACAAUCGACUUGGCAAGGAAUUUUAUUAAAAAGGUCGAUUAUCAGAUGUUCUUUGAGCUCAAUUUUAUUGAGGUUUUGGACAUGUCGGAGAACAACAUAACUGUACUGGAAAAGUCAGCUUUUAAAGAUUUAUAUCUAUCAACAAUUUUACUGAGGAAAAACAACAUUAGUAACAUUGAAGCUGGAUCGUUUAUAAACUGUGCCAACAUAACACUCCUUGAUCUCUCUCAUAAUAAUCUGUCAAGCUUGAAUAAGAAGGCCUUUGAUGAAACUACCUACGCCACAGAGUUGCAACUUUCCUAUAAUUAUUUUACUGAACUAAAUCAGAUUCCAAUGCAAAACAUGACGGGAAUAAAAAUUCUAAAUGUUUCUCAUAAUGCCAUUUGGAGAAUACCCAAAGCAACGUUCCCAAAACUCUAUGAAUUACACACUAUUGAUUUAUCUUACAAUAACUUGACCGAUAUAUUUAACUCAGUUUUCCAAACGUUGUUUUCUCUAAGAAUGCUGGAUCUGAGUCACAACCCUUUGGAGUCAAUUAAACCGAGCACGUUUGGUGCACUACCAACUUUGCUAAAGCUGGAUUUAAGUUACAACAAAAUCACUAGCAUUGCUAGAAGUGCUUUAACUAGAUUAGCUAGUACUAGAGAAGUUAUUUUGAGGGGAAAUCAACUGAAAUCCCUGUUUCUGCUACCAAUUUCGACGUCUCACUUGGACUUGUCGUACAAUGAGUUUGAGGAACUGCCUCCUAAACUGUGGCCUUCUAUGAACUCCUUGCUUAGCUUAGACUUAAGUCACAAUAAACUUGGCGACAAUUUGGUACACGGUAGUUUUGCCAACUUGCUUACCUUACAAAGAGUAAACCUUAAUUAUAAUGGUAUGACGCAGCCUCCCUGGGCGGCGUUAAGCGAACUAACUGCUCUUCAAUACAUCUACAUGGAGGGAAACAACCUCACCAAGUUGGAUAGGAACGCGUUCGGUCGACUACCUGUUGUCUUCGAGCUCAAUUUGGCCCAUAACAAUUUAAAUAAUAUCAGUUCGAGGGCAUUCGAAGGACUGCUCCAGAUCCUUGUUCUAAAUCUAACGAACAAUAACCUGACUUACAUCCCUAACGGAGCAUUUCAAGGAUUGGUUGCCUUACACACAUUGGAUUUAUCUCACAAUAAAAUUGCUAAACUGGAUAAUAAAACACAUGGAUUAUUAGAUGAUUGUUUAUCUUUGGAAAGGCUGAACCUGAGCUAUAACAAAAUAAGCUUCCUUACAAGGAAAACGUUUCCCAGUAAUCCCUACAUUCCUUAUAAAUUAAAGGAAAUCGACCUGUCUUAUAAUUCAAUGCCCGUAAUAACUUUUGAUCUUGUUUUCGGCACUUCGAAACUGACGAAGUUAAAUCUCUCUCACAACGCAAUUUCCGACAUACGGAAAGCGGUAAUAGGAAAUUUGACGCGACUUGAGAUCCUGGAUUUGUCGCACAAUAAGCUCUACGACCUGAACAGCGACAAUGAGUUUUUCCGUUUACCGACGAACAUCAGCGAAUUGUAUUUGGCCGACAAUCAGUUGACGGAUUUACCUUGGGCCCAUCUCAAGAACGUGACGCAUAUUUCGGUGCUGGACCUUAGGGGGAAUCUGUUCGAUCGGUUUGGUCCAGACCUGACGGAUCUGGUUGUCAAACACGGGACGGAGGUUUACUUUGAAGACAACCCCCUGCACUGCGACUGUUUCCUGCGACCUUUGGCCCGUCACCUCCACAAUCAAUUAUUGUUGCCGGAACAUUAUAAGGAGGUGGCCUGUGCCACUCCACCCUAUUUGUCGAACGUUACGUUGUUCAGUCUUACCGAAGACAGAUUGAAUUGUCCUAUCAAUGUUAACACGACAAGGAUCAAGGACGCUACAACAGAGGACUAUGAUGUCUUACCAGACAUUCGAUUCCGAGAAUUAACAAUAAAGCGCAAAACGAUGAUUGUACGUUGGCGUGUGAUGAAGAACGACGACAUAGCUGACGCUUACGUUUUCAUCAGGAAUGUGAAGAUGCCCCAAAAGGUCGUGUUCCAGGCGACUUUGCCAUAUUUCAAAAGAAAGUUGGAGACGAUAGUCCCCGGAAACUUGUCGGAGGACUUAAAAUUAGGUGCUGAAUACCAAAUCUGUUUAUUGGCUAAGGACAGUAAAACUUUCGUUCGUGGGAUCUAUCAGGAACAAUGCCGGGAUCUGUCCGAGACAUUCAAAAGUUCGACGACUUCAUACAAAUCCAAUCUGGAAGUUUUAUUGCUUAUCGUUUCUAGUGUGAUACUGAAAUAUCUUGUACAUUGACGUUUCUAAAGGACUGUAUUUAAGUAAAUAUUGUUAAUAAAAUUAUUUUUGUUAACCCAUAA